AUGACAGUCAAGGGAGUGGUGCUCAUCAAUGGACAGGCAGUAAGUGUGGCGAAAAUAGCAUCCAUUUCCGCUUAUAUACAGCAGAGAAAUUUGUUUCACGAAGUGCUCACUGUCCGGGAACACCUAACUUUCCAAGCUUUAUUACGAUUGGAUAGGAAUUUAAGUAGAGCUGAGAAAAUGGCAUUUGUGGAGAAACUGAUCAAGAAGUUUAAUCUCACAAAAUGUAUGGACACUAGAAUUGGGGGUAAAUUUGCGUUUAAAGGCAUUUCCGGUGGAGAAAUGAAAAGACUGUCCUUUGCUUCGGAGGUGUUAACCAAUCCGUCGAUAAUCGAUGAGCCGACCACUGGUUUGGACUCAUUUAUGGCCGAAAACAUCGUACAAGUGCUGAAGACUAUGGCAUCGGAGGGCCGGACCAUCAUCUGUACUAUACAUCAGCCCUCGUCUCAAGUGUUUGAACUCUUCGAUAAUCUAUUACUUAUGGCCGACGGAAGGGUAGCUUUUAUGGGAACCACUGGCGAAGCCAAGGAUUUCUUCUCAUCUCUCGGAUACGACUGUCCCGAAGAUUUUAAUCCAUCCGACUAUUACAUCAAUGAGCUGGCCAUAAGAGGCACUCAUUACAAAGAAAACAAAGCGAAAGUCAAUAAAAUAUGCGACAAUUAUCUCGAAUCUGAUUAUUACAAACAAUUUAAUGUAAAAAUGAUUGAAAACGAGUCGCGAAACACAAUCACCGACGGAGUCGAUACAGACUUAGCCACCAUUGGGUCCACUUAUAGUGUUGGCUAUUUGAGACAGACCCAAGCGAUUAUGUGGCGCACCUACCUACUCAUUGUCAACCACCCGCAAACUGUCAAGCAACAAAUUAUUCGUUCACUGGUCUGA